AUGUCUCCAAAAUCUAAGGAUACGCUCAAUGUGCGGCCGGUCUCUCGAGGCAACCGUUCGCGCAGUCGCAGUCGUAGUCGCAGUCGAUCCCCCAAUCCAAAGUCGAAAAAGUCUGCGCCUAAGAACAAAAAGGAUUAUUCAUCAGAAGGCGUCACGAAUAAUGAUAUUUUCAAGCUCCCAGCUUCAGACUAUCUAUGGCUUGCUGGUUUGACCCUGGCGGCCGCCGCAGUCCGAUUGUUUCGCAUCUACCAACCUUCAAGCGUCGUCUUUGAUGAGGUCCAUUUCGGUGGUUUCGCGACCAAAUACAUCAAGGGCAGAUUUUUUAUGGAUGUCCACCCUCCACUUGCCAAAUUGCUCAUCACAUUGGCCGGUUGGCUCGCUGGCUUUCAAGGCGACUUUGAUUUCAAGGAUAUCGGAAUGGACUACCUUGAACCCGGCGUUCCAUAUGUCGCUAUGCGUCUGCUGCCCGCUAUUCUGGGUGUCUUGACUGUACCCCUAAUGUUCCUGACAUUGAAAGCGACUGGCUGCAGAACGUCUACUGCGAUCAUGGGCGCAGUAUUGGUUACCUUUGAUAAUGCUCUUACCACUCAAUCUCGUUUCAUUCUGCUCGAUUCGCCCCUGAUUUUCUUCACGGCUUUGACUGCCUUAUCAUUUGCGUGCUUCACCAAUCAGCAUGAACAAGGCCCCAGCAAAGCAUUCAAAGGGCCUUGGUGGUUCUGGUUGGCCUUUUCAGGACUUUCCUUGGGUGCUACACUAAGCGUGAAAUGGGUAGGGCUCUUUACCACAGCGUGGGUGGGAUCCUUGACCAUCCUUCAGCUUUGGGUUUUGUUGGGCGAUGCGAGCAAUGUCACACCACGUCUGUGGUUCAAACACUUCUUUGCGCGAUUCUUCUGUCUCAUCGUCAUCCCCCUCGGCUUCUAUGUCGCAAUGUUUGGUAUUCAUUUUCUCUGCUUGGUAAACCCCGGAGAAGGUGAUGGCUUCAUGUCUUCUGAAUUCCAGGCUACUCUGAACUCCAAGGGCAUGCAAGAUGUUCCAGCAGAUGUCGCUUACGGUUCUCGAGUCACUAUUCGUCAUGUUAAUACCCAGGGUGGUUAUCUCCACUCGCAUGCACACAUGUAUCCCACUGGAAGCCAACAGCAACAGGUCACGCUCUAUCCCCAUAAGGAUGAGAAUAACGUCUUCCUGCUCGAAAACCAGACUCAACCCCUUGGACCUGAUGGAACAGAAAUCGAAGGACCAUUAGCGUGGGAUAACGGAACUGCCGAAUACAUUUACGAUGGUGGUGUCAUUAGGCUGUACCACUUGCUCACUCAUCGCCGCAUUCACUCUCACGAUGAGCGUGCUCCCAUCACUGAUGCUGACUGGCAAAACGAAGUGUCUGCUUAUGGUUAUGAAGGAUUUCCUGGUGAUGCCAAUGACCUCUUCCGUGUUGAGAUCGUCAAGUCUGCUUCAGAUGGCGAAGAAGCCAAGAAGCGCCUGCGUACUAUCCAAACGAAAUUUAGACUUAUCCACAUCAUGACCGGAUGUGCUUUGUUCUCGCACAAGGUAAAGCUACCUGACUGGGGUUUUGAUCAACAGGAAGUCACUUGCGCCAAACAAGGCACUCUCCCUAACAGUCUUUGGUAUAUUGAAUCGAACGCUCAUCCCGCGUUGAAAGAGGAUGCAGAGAAAGUCAACUACCGAAAUCCCGGUUUCCUAGGAAAGUUCUGGGAGCUUCAGAGAGUCAUGUGGACAACUAACGCCGGUUUGACCGAGUCGCAUGCCUGGGACUCUCGCCCCCCUUCAUGGCCAACUCUCCUUCGUGGUAUCAACUUCUGGGGUAAAGACCACCGUCAGGUCUAUUUGCUCGGAAACCCUCUCAUUUGGUGGUCAUCGACCGCUGCGAUUGCAAUUUAUGUUCUUUUCAAGGGUCUUGCAGUUCUGCGCUGGCAACGAGGCUAUACUGACUACAAGAACAUCAACUUCAAGCGGUUCGACUAUGAGGUCGGCACUACAGUGCUUGGAUGGGGUUUCCACUACUUCCCUUUUUUCCUCAUGGCUCGUCAGUUGUUUUUGCACCAUUAUCUCCCAGCGCUGUACUUCGCUAUUAUGGCCUUGUGCCAGACUUUUGACUUUAUCUUGAACCGUGUGCAGCUCCCUGUUAUCGGCAAGAAAUCGAUCGUUGGCCAUGGACUUAUUGCAAUUUUCCUCGCGUUGAGCAUCUGCGUCUUCGUUAUUUACUCUCCCCUCGCCUAUGCAAAUCCUUGGACAAGAGAUACCUGUCAAAGUGUUAAGUUACUAGACACUUGGGACUUCGAUUGUCCAAUCUUUCAUACUGACUUGAACGAUUAUAUAACACCAUUUUCAAGUGUGAACGAGCCAGUGAAGUCUCAGGCUCCCGCAGUUCCUCCUAAUCAGAACCCGAUUCAGAACCAGCAACAGCAGCCCAUUGGCAAAAAUCCAGACAGCAACAAACAGUUCGUGACCGCCCAACCAGCGAGCUCAAACCGAAUCAUUGGCCGUGAAGAGCGCGUCGAAUACCGCGAUGAAGCCGGCAACAUCUUAGACCCGAAGGAAGUUGCCCGACUACAAGCAGAGGGGAAAGUCUCCUUGCAAACCAAAUACCAAACUCAAACCCGAGUCAUUGAUGCAAACGGCAACCAAAUCAUCAAAAAUGCCGAACAUGCUCCUCCACACCCAGACGUCGAAGGUCAGAAUCCAGAGACCAACCGAAAUGGUGAGGACAGUACUGCCCCUCGAAAUGAACCAGCAUCGGCCGCAGGCUCGGAGAAGUCUGUUUAUGAUGAAAAGGUUGCCAGUACGCCUAAGCCUGCAAGUGAAGGUCAAGGAGCGACGAAAUGAUUGUCGUGCAUAGCAUGUUUGUAGUUCAGUUUUGGUCUAUGUUACCUUUUUUCUCUUCAAUUUCGUACUAAUGUAUACGACAUCGGUGCGUGACAUGUCUCUGUGUACCAUACAUUUCUCUCUCUUCUUUUUUUCCUAUCUAUAAUGAGUUACCAAAGGAGAAAAUCUGAUGAUUUAUACAUCUCUCAA